UCGCCGCGCGUGGAGUGGAAGUCCCUGACCAGGGAACAAAAAGCCGAGGUGCUGCGCCUGCCGUGGUCGCAGUGGAUGAACUCGGAGGUGAAGAACCAUUUUGUGGCCAGCCUGGGGGAGUUUGUGGGGACUACCAUGUUUCUGUUCUUUGCUUUUGCUGGGACCGAGGUUGCUAAUAUCCAGUCGGAUGCCAAUGGUGGCGUGACUGGAUUCAACAUUGGCGUCCAGCUCUACAUUGCCCUUGCUUUUGGCUUUUCCCUCAUGGUCAACGUCUGGGUCUUCUUCCGAGUCAGCGGCGGCCUCUUCAACCCAGCCGUAACCCUAGCCAUGCUCAUGAUCCGCGCCAUCAAGCCGGCCCGCGCCGUCUGCCUCUUCCUCGCCCAGAUCGCCGGCGCCAUCCUCGCCUCCGUGCUGGUCCGCAACCUGUUCCCCGUCAACUUCAACGUCCGCACCACCCUGACAGGCGGCGCCAGCAUCGCCCAGGGCCUCUUCAUCGAGGCCCUCCUCACCGCCGAGCUCGUCUUCACCAUCUACAUGCUCGCCGCCGAGAAACACCGCGCCACCUUCAUCGCGCCCGUCGGCAUCGGCCUGGCGCUCUUCAUCGCCGAGAUGGCCGGCGUGCAGUUUACCGGCGGCAGUCUGAACCCGGCGCGGUCGUUUGGGCCUUGUGUGGCCACGGCUACGUUUGAUCAGGACCACUGGAUUUAUUGGGUGGGACCGGGCCUCGGGACUUGUAUUGCCUGGUUGUUUUACCGCUUCAUCAAGAUUCUUGAAUAUGAGAUGGCUAAUCCUGGCGCUGACGGUGAUCCGCACAACGAUCCCACCAAGAAUCCCGAGAAAAGGGCAGAGUUA